CCUCGCUUGCUUCAGGGCCGCGAUCACUGUUUAGUUUAUUCCCGCUGGUCCCUUGUGAUGGAGACAGCUGGUUUACACGACUAAGUAAGUAGCCUCUCCUGGUUGCGCCCACAUCCCUCACUCCCUCUUCCAUGGCCAUGGAGUCCCUUCUCCCCUCUCCCUUCGCCCAUCCCAUUGCCUACCCCCCCCUUGACAGUGCUUUCGCUCAUGGAGAAAGCCAUCACGUACACUCACUUCCCUGCAGGCUCCCCUGUAUUCGAAUUACCCGUCCCGCUCGUCCAGAACAGACGUCGUCCGGUUCUCCACAGUAUCUAAAACAUCUGUUUGCAUGGGAGGAGAGGUACUUCCACGUGCACUUGGCCGCAGAUGGAAGAAGCAAAGAGACCCGUCUAGCCUUGAUAUCCGUGACUGACGGGGGUGCUGAAAGACACAACCUUGUUUUGGCCACCGAGCUAUUCUAGGCAGGCAGGUAACCAGACAGGGUAGCCAAGCUGUGGAUGGAUAUCUACGCCAAUAUCGAAUCAAAAUUUGUGGUACCCCGUCGAGGAUCGAGGCGAGGAUUGACGUUUCUGCCCAUCUCUCAUGGGUCUUACGGGGGGGAGGGGAGGGUUCAACAGCGAGAUGGGCCGGCCUCCGGGACUGGAUAUAUCUGCCUCGAGGUUCCCACCUCUUGAGUCGCUGGGUUGGAUGCGUCACUGGCAGGUACAAUUACUCCCGAGCAUCGGCACCCAGAAGCUCUCAUCAUGGUCUCGUCGCGUUCCUUCCACUCGCUGGAAAGCCUCUCCCUGGCGGAUCGAGUGCUUUUCAACCAGUUCAGCAGAGGACCGAGUGACUCCAUCCCCUACCAAGUCAUCCACCACGCCUUCGAGUCCAUCGCGGCAGCACACCCGGACGCCACCGCCGUCCGACAUUAUGACGGCACGACCAUCACAUACCGCGAGCUCAACCGCCGCGCCAACGUGCUUGCCAACGAGCUCAGGGGUUCCUACGGCCUGCAGAAGGGAGACCGCGUCGUGCUAGUCUACUCGCGAUGCAUCGAGAUGGUCGUCUUCAUCUUAGCCGUGCUCAAGGCCGGCGGCCAGUACGUGCCCCUCGACGGCGGCAUCAUCCCUGAGGACACCCUGGGCUACGACAUUGCCGACUCGAACGCGCCGGUCGUGCUGUGUCUCCCUAAGUUCAGGGAGAAGGUGCUGCGCAGCCUACCCUCGGAUCGACGGGACCUCGUCAGGGUGGUUGACCUUGACGCCCACAGCUGGCUGUGGAAGCACGGUAAUGCGGGCCACCCGGGCGUCAUUGUCAAGCCCGAAGACGGCGCCUAUGUGAUUUACACCUCGGGCACGACGGGUCGGCCCAAGGGCGUGGACGUAAGACACGAGGGCGUCACCAACACGCUUCUUGCGGAGCCCUCGAAGCUGGGCAUCCGCGUGGGGAAGAACGUGGCGCAACAGUUAAACGUCGGGUUCGACAUGUGUGCCUGGGAGAUUCUGGGCACGAUGAUGAACGGCGGGACGCUUCACAUCAGGGGCAGCGGCAACGACCUCUGGACGGACUGCCUGCAGCGCGUCGAUACCGUCAUCGCCACGCCGUCCGUCGUCCUCAAGCAUAUGGCCAGGCGGGAGGACUUCCCCAACAUCAAAACCAUCGCUGUCGGAGGCGAGCCCUGCCCGCUAGCCCUGGCCGAGCAAUGGGCGCCCUACGUCAAGUUCUGGAACGUCUGCGGGCCGACAGAGAUCAGCAUCCUCAACACGGCCCACCUCCACAAGCCCGGCAAGACGCUGUCCAUAGGCAAGCCGAACCCCAACACAAACGUCUACGUGCUCGACGACGACGAGAACCCUGUGCCCAUCGGCGAGCCCGGUGUCAUGUGGGCCGGCGGCCCGGGCGUGUCUCGGGGGUAUCUCAACCUGCCGGAACUGACGGCGCAGAGAUACAAGCCCGACAAGUUUACAAAGGACGGUCGUAUGAUGUUCAACACGGGCGACCUUGCCCGCUGGCUCGAGGACGGCAGCUUGGAGCCCCUCGGCCGAAAGGACGACCAGGUCAAGAUCUCGGGCUUCCGCGUCGAGCUCGAUGGCGUGUCUCGCGCUAUUGAAACGUGCCCCGGCGUCGUCAAAGGAUGUGCUCUCAAGAUCGAAGAUCGCCUGUGGGGGUUCUACUCGGCCCCCUCGCCCAUAGAUGAGACACAGCUGAAGGCCGUCGUCGGCGAGGGACAGCCCUUCUACGCCGUCCCGACGGUCUGGAUGUAUCUUCCCGUCAUCCAGCUGACCCCCAACGGCAAGGUCGACAAGCGUGCCCUCCGCGAUAUCGCCCUCGGUGGCGAUGCCAGCCAGACCCUUCCUCGUCCUCCCCAACCUCCGCUUCCGCCCAUCGUCACGGGCAUGUCGACACCAGAACAGUCCUCGAGCGCCUCGUCCGUCAAGACGGCCGUCAGUCCGACCAGCGAGGGCGGCUUCACGCUGGUCGACUCCCAGCGCACCCUCGACCUGGAGAAGACGGCGGCCUUCGUCGAGGAAGAGGCCGAGAGGCAGCAAGACGAGGGAGUGGGAGAAGACCACGAGCUGCCGUCCAAGAAGGGCUUCCACGGCUGGCGGUGGAUCCGGCACCGAGGCCUCAACGCCUACCGCAAGCUCUUUGGCGUCAUCUUCCUCUCCAACCUCGCCGUCUUCGCCCUCCUCCUCUGGGACAGCCGGCACAGCAACUUCUCGCUGCCCCUCGACCACCUCGCCACCGCCGUCGCCGCCAACCUGCUCGGCGCCGUGCUCCUGCGCCAGGACUACGUCGUCAACUUCAUCUUCUGGCUGUGCUCGCGCGUGCCGACGUCGGCGCCGCUCUUCAUUCGCCGGCACCUCGCCCGCGUCUACCACAACGGCGGCGUCCACUCGGGCUGCGCCGUCUCGGCCACCGUGUGGUGGGUCAUCUUCACCGGCGCCGCCACCGGCAACUUCUUGGCGGCCCGGCCCGCGUACCCGGUCAGCCUCGCCACCCUCGUCCUCACCUAUCUCGUCCUGUUGCUGCUUCUCAUGAUCCUCGUCAUGGCCUACCCCUCCAUCCGCGCAAAGAUGCACGACCAGUUUGAGUGGACACACCGCUUCGCCGGCUGGUCCGCCCUCGCCCUCGUCUGGGCCCAUGUCAUCGCUACCGCCGCCUCCUCCGCCGCCUCAUCCGCCUCCUCCGCCUCCUCCACCUCCUCGACGGCCUCCCCCGAGCCCCUAGGCCUGGUCCUCGCCAAGACGCCGGCCCUCUACCUUGUCGCUCUGACGACAGUCAGCAUCGCCCUGCCGUGGAUGCGCCUCCGCCGCGUCAAGGUCGUGCCCGAGCCCCUCUCCAAGCACGCCGUCCGCCUGCACUUCGACUUCUGCACCCCGGGCCCCUGCACCUCGCGCGGCGUCCGCAUCACCGACCGCCCCAUGGUCGAGUGGCACGCCUUCGCCGCCAUCCCCGAGCCCAGCGGCAAGGGCUUCUCCAUCGUCGUCUCCAAGGCCGGCGACUGGACCAAGCGCAUCAUCGAGAACCCGCCCACCUCCAUCUGGACCCGCGGCACCCCGGCCUCGGGCGUGCUGGCCGUCGCCCCGCUCUUCAAGAAGAUGGUCCUCGUCGCCACGGGCUCCGGCAUCGGCCCUUGCCUCCCCGUGCUCAUGGAGCGCCGCGUCCCCGCCCGCGUCGUCUGGUCCACCAAGAACCCGCUCAAGACGUACGGCCAGGCCGUCAUGGACACCAUCCUCGCCGCCGACCCGGACGCCCUCAUCUGGGACACGGACCAGAUGGGCCGCCCGAACCUCGUCCAGCUGGCGUACAACGUCUACCGCGAGAGCGGCGCCGAGUGCGUCGCCAUCAUCUCCAACGGCCCGACGACGAACAAGUUUGUCUACCGGAUGGAGAGCCGCGGGAUCCCCGCCUUUGGGCCCAUCUGGGACUCGUAGUGUUGCCUGUUCUGUGUAGCUGUUUCGGUUGCGGUUGUUGUUUUGAGUGAAUAAUCAGCGUCUCAGCAGUCUUGGGUUACCUUGUCUAUAUCAUAAAACGUGUUAUACUAGUAGUUAUCAAGGUUCAUUUAUAUGUAGUCCGAGCCCCCCGAUACCAAAUCAUGUUUAAUGACGG